AUGAAACAUAUUUUUGGAGGUCCAAAUUUUUUUAAAUACUCGAAGCAGAUUGUCUACUAUUGUAUAAAAAUUGUUGGCCUCGCACCGUUUGAAUUCAGGGAAAAUAGAUUUCAUCGACCCGAUUGGUUCGGUUCACUUUAUCCUUUUUCGAUUAUCGCCGGUGGCUUUUUCGCGCUGUUCGAACACCUUAAGGUCACACGUACCGGAGAUUUCAGUGUUCAGAUGAGACGUAUUCUCAAUAUUUUCUCAAGUAUCUUACCAACCGUUCUGAAUAUCUUGUUUUUUUCAAUUCUACGAGAUAAAUUCAUCAGUCUUCUGAACGAUUUAUGUGAAUUCAACCGGGCUAUUGAGAUCGCCGGUAUCACAGAAGACAACGAGAAGUAUUUUAAAAAUAUAAUCUCCUUCGCUACGCCAAUUAUCGCUGUGCAUUCAAUGAUACAUGCUAUUGUACUCCCAUUGAACCCCCGUCCGUCAGUUUUUGCUGCCGUCGGAUAUUUUGUCGAUCAGACGAUUACUUUGAUUACAAUACUGAUGUUCACAAACACGAUGAUCUUGAUGAAAAACCGUUUCAAACUGAUAAACGAGAAAUUGUACGACAUCCUAAAAUCGCCUCGUUGUCAGAAGACUAGCAGAAUCUCGAACGUCGAACUGGGGCGACUUUACCCGUCGGAAAUCAGACGAAAUUUCACGUUUAAUGCGAGCGGUGUUUCGUACUCCAAACAUAUUCGUACAAUCGGAGGUCUCCAUUGCGAUCUUCACGAUCUACAAAUUCGAGCAGUGGAUUUACUUUCCCUCCCGAUUUCUCUGAUUUCUAUGAAAAUGAUUAACAAUAUCGCGUUUGCCAUCUACAAUUCAUUUUUCAUAUUUACAAAUUGGAAUACGAUUAUGGAACGCAAAAAUUUGACCAACAAUUGGUUGUACGUUAUGGUGUUGCGACCGCAGAUUUACGCCGUAAUCGACAUUUUUGAGCUGAUCAGCAUCGUUUAUGCCUCCGUGAAGACGAAUAGGGAGGCUAACGCCACGAAAACUAUCCUGAUCGAAUCGUGGACGAAUGAAAAUUUGCCGGAAUCGGAGAAGGAGAUCUUGAUGUUUUCCAUGCAGCUUCUGGGCAAUGACCACUCUGUAUCUCUCUUUCGUUUCAUUGCUAUGGAUUAUUCGUUCAUUUACAAGGUAUUAACCAGCCUUAUAGCGUACGUGAUCUUGAUGAUACAACUUGCCGAGGGGUCGCAAAAGGGUUGAAUACUCAUAUUGUGCUAAUCGUAAAGUGCAUUCCUAGGUGGAUAAUAUUUGUGGUAUAAUUAAUCCCGUUUAACCUUUUUCGAAGAGUUGUUAGUUAUAAAUCGAUAUGGAUUUACUCUAGGGUACGACAUUAUGCAAUCUGAAAAUUUGUUUACCGCACUAAUUCUGUCGAUAAUUUGAGUGGAAAUAAAAAAUAAAAAAACAGUAUAACAACUGGUUGGUGCCCAUCAAUGUUUUCCUUGGAACUUAAUUAAAAUCGUUCCUACAAUUAUUUCAUCGCACGCAGAUAUGACGCAGCAAGGACCUACGAGGAAUGCAAAGAUCACGCGAUUCGAACCAAUAAUUACUAUGCGUGAUGUAUCGAUACGAUUUUUUCUCAGAUACUUGUGCCCGACUUUGACCUCGAACUUGUAUAACGAUAAAAUCGGAGUUUCCAUUCCUAUAUAAAGGAACGGGUGUUCGAACAUAGAUAAGUUCAGAAGGCGUUUUGAAUCGUCUCAGUAAAUAUUCAGUGCAAUAAUCGUUAACGCAAUCAGAAUGAAAGUCCUCGCUUUUCUGCUCAUUUUGGCGUGCUGCGCUGCAACGAUUCACGG